CAGGCGGUGGAUACUUCACGUACGACUUGCAGAUGACUGCCACAGCUAUAACGUGAUGCUGCAGACAAGUGGCGCCAGUAGUAACACCGCGACAGUCCACGUCGUGAGAUCCAUCAGUCGAGGUGAAGAGCUACAACUCUGGUUCUCUGAGCAGAUGUUGGCAGCUCUGACUGUACCGUUCCUCACUCCACUCAACAUACAAGGUGAGAAAAGAUACGUGUGUCACCGUUGCGGGCGUCACUUCGAGAUACCGAAUCCACUCAAGAUCCAUCUAGCUCUUGACUGCGACCGACUUAAGAGAUCUCACUUGUGGAGACGCCUGCGUCGCCAUCUGUCAAGUAAACCUGAAGACAGCGACAGAAGAGAGCAUGACACUUCGCCCGUGGCCCACACCACAACCUUCACCCCCCAAAAAUUUGAAUUCAAAUUUGAUUUAGCCUCAAAAGACGACAGAAACACUUACUCAGUUCUGUCAACCCCACAGGAUCUGUCUGCUACUUCAAAUAGAACCUGUGCUCCCAAUACAGCAACAUCCUCUUCUGUUAUCAAGAAUGAAGAUCUUCAGGAUGUACCAAAUGAAGCAAGCCACGUCGUCGGACAGACGAGCAGACCAAUUUCGGAGCCAUUACAUCAUAGUAGCUCAGCAUUCAAGCCAUACUGGGGUAAAAGGACGACUUCCCUGAGUGUUGAUGGUAUUAGGACAAACAAUGGGAAUGACAGAACGACAUCUGUGAAUGUCCUUCCUAACUUAAGACCCCAACUGAUUUCCCAGUCGCUUUAUCACAAACAGAAUGUCCUGCCAUCUAGUAACUUUCAACCACAAUCAUCAGAGCGCACGACAACAGAGUUCCACCACGCUGCAGAGAUGGAGACACUAGUCAGCAACCUUGGGAGGUCCAAACAAGGUCACCUUUGCAUCUAUUGUGGCAGACUUUAUUCAAGAAAAUACGGGCUUAAAAUACACAUCAGGACGCACACGGGCUACAAACCUCUGAAAUGCAAGUUCUGUCUCCGGCCCUUUGGAGACCCGAGUAAUCUCAAUAAACACGUUCGGCUGCACGCGGAAGGAGACACCCCUUACAAAUGCGCCCUGUGUGGUAAGGUCCUCGUGAGACGCAGAGACCUGGAAAGACAUGUCAAGUCGAGACACUCUCCACAUCUGGACACGCAACAGCAUCAAGAAUCUAACAACGGCCGAAAUUCGUAAAACUAGACUCAAAGACAAAUUUUCCCGACGUACGGGAGUUACAAGAUUCCUUCCAAGUUUCAAAACAUUGUAAAAUACAAUAAAAAUCAAGACGUG